CUCGGGGGUGCCGCAGGGGCUCGGCGGAGGAGCGCGCCCCGGCCGGCGGAGCGGGCAGGAGGAGCCCCCCCCCGGGGGAGGGGCUGGCGCUGGGUGCCCGGCUGCCGGGCGCGGGGAGCGGAGCGAUGGCGGCGGGGAGAGCCCGGCGGCUCCUCGGCUCCCUCUGGAUCGCCCUCCUCCUCGGGCAGCCGGACCCGGCCGGCGCCGCCGCUCGGAGCGGCUCCCAGAGCCUCCUCACAGGCUCCCUCGUGAGAACCUUCACUCCUCUUUACUUCCUGGUGGAGCCGACGGACGUGCUGUCAGUCCGUGGAGCCUCUGUUGUAAUGAACUGCUCAGCUUAUUGUGAAACCGCCCCAAAAAUCGAAUGGAAGAAAGAUGGGACUUUCCUAAACCUGGUGUCAGAUGACCGGCGCCAGUUGCUGCCAGAUGGAUCUUUAUUAAUAAACAGUGUGGUGCAUUCCAAGCAUAAUAAACCUGAUGAAGGAUAUUAUCAAUGUGUGGCAACUGUGGAAAGCCUGGGGACCAUUGUCAGCAGGACAGCAAAGCUCACUGUAGCAGGCCUUCCCAGGUUCAGCAGCCAGCCCGAAGCCUCGUCUGUCCCUAAAGGAAGCAGUGCAAUCCUGAACUGUGAAGUGAACGCUGACCUUGCACCGUUUGUGAGGUGGGAGCAGGACCGGCAGCCAGUCCUCCUGGAUGAGCGUGUGUACAAGUUACCGAGCGGGGCUCUCAUCGUCAGCAAUGCGACUGACACGGAUGGAGGCCUCUAUCGCUGCGUCAUUGAGAGCGGGGGGACCCCCAAGUACAGCGAUGAAGCAGAGCUCAAGGUUCUGCCAGAUCCGGAGGAGCCGCAGGACUUGAUGUUUGUGAGACAGCCCUCUUCACUGACAAAGCUCACUGGGCAAAGUGCGGUUUUCCCAUGUGUUGCUGUAGGAUUUCCAGUUCCAUAUAUCAGGUGGACAAGAAACGAAGAAGAGCUUAUCACAGAAGGCUCUGGAAGGUUUCUCCUGCUUGCGGGGGGCAGCCUGGAGAUCAGCGAGGUUACGGAACAGGACGCUGGGACCUACACCUGCAUAGCGGACAGUGGAAACGACACCAUCGAGGCUCAAGCAGAACUUACAGUUCAAGUUCCUCCUGAGUUUCUGAAGCGACCGGCAAAUAUUUAUGCCCAUGAAUCCAUGGACAUUGUCUUUGAGUGUGAGGUGACUGGAAAACCGACUCCAACAGUGAAAUGGGUCAAGAACGGAGACAUGGUUAUCCCGAGUGACUAUUUCAAAAUCAUUAAAGAACAUAAUCUGCAGGUUUUGGGUCUGGUGAAAUCAGAUGAAGGAUUCUAUCAGUGCAUUGCAGAAAAUGAUGUUGGAAAUGCACAGGCUGGAGCCCAGCUGAUAAUACUUGACCUUGAUGUUGCCAUCCCAACAUUACCUCCCACUUCACUGACCAGUGCCACUAAUGACCAUCUAGCACCAGCGACAACAGGACCGCUGCCUUCAGCCCCGCGGGAUGUCGUGGCCACCCUCGUCUCCACUCGCUUCAUCCGGUUGACGUGGCGGACACCUGUAUCUGACCCUCAAGGAGACAACCUCACCUAUUCAAUCUUCUACACCAAGGAAGGUAUAAACAGGGAACGUGUCGAAAAUACAAGUCGUCCUGGAGAGACACAAGUGAUGAUCCAAAACCUGAUGCCAGAAACAGUUUAUGUGUUUCGAGUUGUGGCUCAGAACAAGCAUGGCCCUGGGGAGAGCUCAGCACCGCUGAAGGUGGCAACUCAGCCUGAGGUUCAGCUUCCUGGUCCAGCACCCAACAUCCGAGCGUCAGCCACUUCCCCCACCUCCGUUACGGUGACCUGGGAAACGCCGCUGUCAGGCAAUGGUGAAAUCCAGAACUACAAACUCUACUACAUGGAGAAGGGGCAGGACACUGAGCAGGAUGUUGAUGUAGCAGGACUCUCCUACACCAUUAACGGCUUAAAGAAGUACACAGAGUACAGUUUCCGUGUGGUAGCGUACAACAAGCACGGCCCCGGUGUCUCCACCCAGGAUGUUGUUGUGCGAACGCUGUCAGAUGUCCCCAGUGCUCCACCACAGAAUCUGACGCUGGAGGUCCGCAAUUCCAAGAGCAUCAUGCUUCACUGGCAGCCUCCUCCUGCAGGGACACACAGUGGGCAAAUCACUGGCUACAAGAUCCGCUACCGUAAGGUGUCCCGCAAGAGCGAUGUAACGGAGAGCAUCGGUGGGACCCAGCUCUAUCAGCUCAUUGAAGGUCUUGAACGAGGCACAGAAUACAGCUUCCGAGUAGCUGCCCUGACUGUCAAUGGUACCGGACCAGCGACCGACUGGGUGUCAGCAGAAACAUUUGAGAGUGAUCUGGAUGAAACCCGCGUUCCUGAAGUUCCCAGCUCCCUGCACGUCCGUCCCCUUGUCACCAGCAUUGUCGUGAGCUGGACUCCUCCUGAAAACCAGAAUAUCGUGGUGAGAGGCUAUGCGAUCGGGUAUGGCAUCGGCAGCCCUCACGCCCAGACCAUCAAGGUGGACUACAAACAGAGAUACUACACCAUCGAAAACCUAGACCCAAGCUCCCACUAUGUCAUAACCCUGAAAGCCUUUAACAACGUUGGGGAAGGGAUCCCUCUCUACGAGAGCGCGGUGACCAGGCCUCACUCGGACACUUCCGAGGUUGAUUUGUUUGUUAUUAAUGCUCCAUACACUCCAGUGCCAGAUCCGUCUCCCAUGAUGCCACCAGUGGGAGUUCAGGCUUCCAUCCUGAGCCAUGACACCAUACGGAUCACUUGGGCAGACAACUCUCUGCCGAAGAACCAGAAGAUCACAGAUGCUCGCUACUACACAGUGCGCUGGAAAACCAAUAUUCCUGCUAAUACCAAGUACAAGACUGCCAACGCCACCACUUUGAGCUACUUAGUGACUGGGUUGAAACCAAACACCUUGUAUGAAUUCUCCGUGAUGGUGACUAAAGGGCGAAGAUCGAGUACUUGGAGUAUGACGGCGCAUGGAACGACUUUUGAAUUAGUUCCCACUUCUCCUCCCAAAGAUGUGACUGUGGUGAGCAAAGAGGGGAAACCUCGGACAAUAAUUGUCAACUGGCAGCCUCCAUCGGAAGCCAACGGCAAAAUCACAGGAUACAUCAUUUACUACAGUACGGAUGUGAACGCUGAAAUACACGACUGGGUUAUCGAACCCGUCGUGGGAAACAGACUGACCCAUCAGAUACAGGAGCUGACCCUCGACACACCCUAUUACUUCAAAAUUCAGGCCCGCAACUCCAAGGGCAUGGGGCCAAUGUCUGAGGCAGUUCAGUUCAGGACCCCCAAAGCUGAAUCCUCAGAUAAAAUGCCUAAUGAUCAAGCUUCAGGGUCUGCAGGGAAAGGAAGCCGCCCCGUGGACAUAGGAGCAGAUUACAAACCGCCGCUGGGUGGCAGUAACAGUCCCCAUGGAAGCCCAACCUCUCCCUUGGACAGCAACAUGCUCCUUGUAAUCAUAGUGUCCGUCGGAGUGAUCACCAUUGUGAUUGUGGUGAUAGUCGCCGUCUUCUGCACCCGUCGUACAACUUCUCACCAAAAGAAGAAACGAGCUGCCUGCAAAUCAGUGAACGGGUCCCACAAGUACAAAGGAAACUCCAAAGAUGUCAAACCCCCUGACCUUUGGAUCCAUCACGAAAGGCUGGAGCUGAAACCUAUUGAUAAAUCUCCAGAUCCCAAUCCAAUCAUGACCGAUACCCCAAUCCCUCGCAACUCCCAAGACAUCACCCCGGUUGAUAAUUCCAUGGACAGCAAUAUCCAUCAGCGGCGGAAUUCCUACAGAGGGCAUGAGUCAGAGGAUAGCAUGUCCACGCUGGCAGGAAGAAGGGGGAUGAGGCCCAAGAUGAUGAUGCCUUUUGAUUCUCAACCACCUCAACCUGUGAUUAGUGCUCAUCCCAUCCAUUCACUCGAUAACCCUCACCAUCAUUUCCACUCCGGCAGCCUCGCUUCUCCAACUCGCAGCUAUCUCCAUCACCAGGUCAACCCGUGGCCGAUUGGCACAUCCAUGUCCCAUUCAGACAGGGCCAAUUCCACAGAAUCUGUUCGGAACACGCCCAGCACAGACACCAUGCCAGCUUCCUCAUCCCAGACCUGUGCUGACCACCAGGACCUGGAAAGCACCACAGGGUCCUACCUGGCUAACGCACAAGAGGAGGACUCGGCUCAGAACCUGCCCACGGCCCACGUGCGUCCUUCCCACCCGCUGAAGAGCUUUGCAGUGCCAGCCGUUCCACCUGCUGGUUCCGCGUACGACCCUGCGCUGCCCAGCACGCCCCUGCUAACGCAGCAAGCUCCUGCCCAUCCAGUUCACUCGGUGAAGACUGCAUCGAUUGGGACUUUAGGAAGAACUCGACCUCCUAUGCCCGUGGUAGUCCCCAGUGCCCCUGAUGUGCAGGAGACCACCAGGAUGCUUGAGGACUCAGAAAGUAACUAUGAACCGGAUGAGCUGACCAAAGAGAUGGCCCACCUGGAAGGACUUAUGAAGGACCUUAAUGCCAUCACUACAGCAUGACCGCCCUCACCGGGACAUGACUCCAGACAGUGUCACAAGUCUUGGGACUCAGCCUUGGAACACAAGGAAUUGUACAGAGGAAAAAAAAGAGAAAAAAAAAAGGAAAAGAAAAAACAAAACUAAAGGAAAACCAGAACGAGGGACAGCCCAUGGAAAUGGGAACCAACCAGCGUUUGGGCUACAGCUGGUCAAAAAGAGAUGACCCUUCUUGUCAUCGUCCUGCAAUGAAGUCUUUGCCAAGUUGAAUUCCAGUGACCUGCUGAGACCGCGCAGGGUGGGAUGCAGCAGGCUCAGCUCCAGCAUCCAGACUAAAGGAAAGAAAGUGGACUUGAGGGUUGUUUUAUUUCUGGUCAGGUUUUGUCUCAGUGGUGUGAUUGCCCUGCCUUUUCAGUGUUGGACAUUGGCAUUUAUGUACAAUUUUAUUUGUGUUUUUAUUUUAACUUUUUUUAUAAAAAGGAAAAAAAAAAUUGUAAUAAAAAAAAAGGAAGAAGAAGAAAAAGGAGAAACUGUUGUUUUCCACAGCCUAGACUGAAGUUUGACUGCUUGUUCUAUCGUGUAUGGAAAUUCAUUGCCAGUGUGGGUUGUUCUGUUUUGUUUUUUACCCUGCGUAUUCUGACGUCCCCUUCUGGCAGUUAAUCCAUGGCCUUUUUGGGAUGCUGCACUGCUCUUUGUAAGCUUUUUUUAUUAUUUUUAUAUUAUAAUUAUUAAAAGCCUGACUUUCUCCUCUCA